AUAAAACUUCAGCUUCUGGUCGCCAACUGCUUACUUGUGAAGAAAUGAACAUCGCCACGGGUGUCGAGGAAAUGCAUCAAAUUAGAAAUGUAUUUGGGCGGGUCAGCCACCAUGUAAGUGACCAUGUACUGCAGAGGUUGUUCUGCCUUCAUCCUCACCGCUCCCACCACCACCUGUUUAUUGUAUUACCGCCAACCCGCCGUGUUAUCAGCCCACCUGGCAUUACAAGCAAUGCCUCCGACUACCGCCGCCACGUUCGCUACAGGCGUGGAUAAACGCAGAAUUCACUACCGCAUAUUCGGACAUGCGCAUCGAGCUCCCUAUGAAGGACCAAUCAAUACGACACUUGCCGAGCACACUUCAUUCUUUACAUAUCCAACAUACAUUCUUCCAGUCCAAUCGGCGUCUGCACCACAUGCGGAAAGUACUAUGAGUGGUGCCUUUUUGCCCAGGCAACUCAUCACGGCAGAGGAAGCACCAACGGGCAUUCUUGCUCAGCAAUCAGGUCGGACAGGCAAUGCGUUAGUGGCGAUUGUCGCUGCCAUUGUGAUCAUGGGGAGCCUAGUAGGCGUGAUUGCCGCAGGAGAGAUCAUGAAGCGGCGGAGACGUCGCCAGGUGACUAGAGACGGGAGUGACAAGGACGGAACAGACUUAACGCAGGACAAAGGGAAGGAGGCCUUCGACGAGAAGAGUCCGAAUUCAUCUACGUCGUCGCUUCAGAAUUCGCCCACUUCCAUGGAGAGUUUGGCGCACCAUCUAAAACACACAACUCGUCCCGCGCAGAGAACAAUGCCCUGCUGGUUCUCGUGGAUCUUCCGGAAGGCUCAAGCCGUCUUGCAUCACAAGAAUGUGGAAUCCCCAACAGAGACAUCGCAUGCAUCAUGCACUACUGCAGAUCGAUCAGUGGAGUUGCCGCAGCGGACGACGUGGUCGGAGUUUUCAUAUACGCCAGAAAUGAAAUCCUUGAGCUAUCCGAGGCCGCUUUUGCAUUGCAUACUCGAGGACGGCAGCGAGAUCGCCCUCACGUUGGGCCUUGCCAUACAGCGUUCUCUAGAUUCCAUUGCUAUCGCAUCGUCUGUCCAUGGGACAUCCCAAGCCAGAUCAUUUACCAGCAUUCAAAAAGCAGUCGAAGUUGGCUCUAUCGCCGAGGAUGGAUACAAUGAAGACCAGGGAGACGCUCGGCAUAUAGGCAUUUUGGGAUCGGUAUCCACAGGAAUGAGCAUGAGCCCCUCUGGCUUGGACCUGAUACCCGCGGCAUCUUUACAGACUCUCGACACUGAAGCCAGCGCAGAUCGUGAAAGUUUGAGAGAGGAGAUAUUCGAACUGCGAAGGGUUCAGACGAGGAGUAUGCAGAUGGACAAGCCUGUUCUGUUGUCCCUGGGUUUUAAAGCAGCAUGCAACGAGGAAGAUACCGACGAAGACGAUGAGUCAUCCGAUACAGAAACUGAACAUGCACCCAACGAUACCACCAUGACAACACCCUCGAUUGCAAAUCUGCUUUUGCCACCAGGAUGUGAGACAAGUCUACCACCCGACCUUCGGGACCUUCUCGGUUCCCAGCUGACCCUAGCGACCCUGGCAAGCAGUUAUAGUGCAGUGGACCUCGAUGACUUCCCUCUUCCUCCUUCCAUUGUAUUGCAAUGUCCAUGAAUUAGAAACAAAUUAGCCAAUUCUAUCGUAAUGAACGGAAGCACGCUGCUGAUUGAAGACAUUAAUGAAGGGAAAUUGGACUUAGCCCGACAGACGUUAGCAAGCCUGCAACAAGCCUCAUGGCGACCCCAGAAUGAAAUCGGAAAUGUAACUCAUGG